AUGCCGUCAGCACACAUUGAACGUUAUAUUCGUUCCAUAUUUGUACAAAAUAUACCAGCCGGUAUAACAGAGGAUCUUUUUCGACAAAUGUUAAGUCAAUUUGGAGUUCUAAUUCAUUUUCAUAUGUUUCUUGACCCAAGCACAGUCAUUAAUUCCAAUGAACAAAGUAUACAAACAUCAAGAAGUUAUGCUUUUACCGAAUUUGCAUCGAAUGAUAUUGCACAAAAAGUUAUUCAAAAAUUAAAUGGCUUGGAUUUGGGUGGUUUCCGACUUGUCGUCGAUUUACUUUCUAAUCAAGCUGAACCAAUAAUGAAUUUAUUUGAACAAUUUUGUGCAACAAAAACAACAGUCACAUCAUCGAACAAAAACGAUCCACGUCUAGCUAAUGCAACAAUAUCUCAAUCAUCAACAACAUUACCUUUAACAACAGCGACCAUUGAAUCAGCUAACAUCACUACUGCUGUUACUAAUACAAACAACAAUAAUAAUAAUAUUAAAGAAGAUCGUGAAUCAAUUUCGAAUGCCGUUGCUUCAUUACCUCCAGCUCAAAUGUUUGAAUUAAUGAAACAAAUGAAACAAUGUAUUGAAGCAAAUCCAAAUGAAGCUAAAACACUUUUAUCAACAAAUCCUCAAUUAGCAUAUGCUCUUUUGCAAGCACAAGUUGUGAUGCGAAUCGUUGAUCCACAAGUUGCAAUGGUCUUACUUAAUCGUACUGAUAAAGAUGUUAUACCAGCUCCUAUCGAUGUUAAAAAGCCGACACAAACAAUGACACAACCAACAGCAGCAGCGACGGCUCCACUUCCACUUCUGGUUACAAACAAUCCAACUGCACCGUUUCCUUUUCCAGUUAUUCCUGGAGUUCCAUUUUCAAUGCCUAUGAUGGCUCCCAAUAACGCUACUGCACAACAAGCUGCAGCCAAUGCGCUUUUUCAAGCCGCUCUUUUUUCCGGCGCUGGAAUGUUUUCUGGUUCAUUGAUACCACCUCCGAUGCCACACAAUGCACAAUUCCCAACUGUUCAACCAUCAUUUCCACCGCAAAUAAAUCCUUUAGCAACGUCGAUGCGUACACCAAAUCUUGAUGAGAAUGCUGCACUGCUUCUAUUACAAUUGGAUGAUGCUCAAUUAGCACAAUUACCUCCUGCACAGAGUAUGCAAAUUCGUUCGUUACGUGAACAAAUCGCUAAAACUGGUUUAUUACCUAAAAUGUAG